AUGAAUGCAAAACUGCCUUUAGAUACUAACUAUGAUUUAGAACAACAGUUCAUCCUUCGGAUGACAGACACAGUUGCUGCUCAAAAUCUGGCAGCCGAUAUCGAUGCUGGCAUACCUUUCAAGGAAAAUUUUACCGUAGAAUUCAAACCUGAUAUGCGACAUACAAUUGUUCGGUAUAAUGGUCAAGUUUACCAAGGUCAGAUUAUGGAUCUCCCAUGCAUAAUAGAAUCCUUGAAGACUACAGAUAAAAAGAAUUUCUACAAAACAGCCAAUAUCUGUCAAAUGAUGAUUUGUACUCAAGGUGAUGAAACUGGUCCACUACGUGGGACUGCUGCAUAUUUAGACAAUCGUCCUGGUUCACGCAAUAAAACAUUUGAUAUUAGUCAUGAAAAUCGAGAAUUUCAAUUUCUUCAUGGGAUAACACCACCAUUAAAAAAUGUCUUACAUCGUCGAUUUCGUAAAACGCGUAGAAAACGUUUUGUUGAUAUGCCUAAAAUUGAGAAAGAAGUCAAACAACUACUGAGAGCUGAUUUACAAGCUGUUAAUGUAAAAUGGGAAGUUAUAUGGACUGAUCCACCUGCGCCUGUAAUACGAUCGAAUGGAAAUAACAAUAAGUCAAGUCUAUCUAAUAAUGAAACCGAUAGUUGUAAUAAUGUUCAAUUAGGCAAUCAACAACGUACAGCUGAUGAUGAAUUAGAAGAGGAAGAAGAUGAAGACGGUGGACGAGCAUAUGCAAUAGAUCAUCGUGAUGUAUUCGGGGAAAUAAGCAGUAGCAGUAUUGGUUCUUCAAGUGAUAGUGACGACAACAGUAGUAGUAGCAGUCAUCGCGGUAAUGGAGGUGGUGGCGGUGCUGACCGUCGUCGUCAUCGUCACGAAGGAGGUGGAGGAAGGGAAAGACUUGGAAGUAAUGAUCAUCCUAGUGAUAAUGAUGAGCACACUGUUGUUGGUGAUGGCAAAUUAAAAGAUUAUAAUCAAUCAUCUGCACAAAAUCAAACUACUGAUAAUAAUUCUUUAGUAACUAAUCAAUCAACUUCAGAAACUGUAUAUAACAAACUAAAAUCUACCACUAUCACUUCAACAACUAACGAUCUCGUUAAUGAUGUUAUUUCUGCUACUACUUCUAUCAUUCCUGUUGAUAAUCUUAAAGAUGAAUUGGCUGCGGAACUUUUACUAUCUGAUUCCGGUGAUGAACAAGCUGAUAGUGUUGAUGAUGAUGAUUUACAAGCUUCUGUUGUUACUGAAUUAAUUGCAAAUUCUACUAAUGAUAAUCCUAUGAAUAUUCAACAUAUUCAUAAUGCUACAAUAAAUAAUCAAAUUAAUGAUGAUUGUAUUGUAACUGGUACCAUCACUGAUCUAGAUAAUUUAGUGGAUGUGGUCGUUAAUGAUGUUGAUGAAGAUGAUGAUGAUGAACGUAAUAAUAUUAUAGAUAGAGGUGGUGAAUUAUUGGAUGAUAAUUCAUUUAUGGGUUUCACGAAUACAACAACACAAAACUUUUAUAAUGAGAAUAACAAAAGCAGUGAUUAACAUAUGUUGCUAGCCUAACUUAUUGAAACUUAAUUUUGUUUAUUAUUUGAAGUGAUGAAUUGGGAUACAUUGGAUAACUUACAAUUUCUAUACAUAAAUAUGCACUUUACAUUUGUAAAUAAGUCUACUUUUAUAUUUCAAAAAAUUUGUUCUCUUACAACAAAUAAUAACUUAUCAACUACUGAAGAGUAAGAGAGCGUUUCCAGCAGAAUUAGUUUAUGAAACUACUGUACGUAAAAGUUUUCCGACUGAUGUAAC